AUGGACGUGAUCAAAAUGGCCAGGAGUUGGAGACGAAGAGCCCCAGAUCGACCCGAAACAAAACCGACGAUUGUCAUGUCUCAUAAUGGCGUAUCCCGAGUCGGUGUAUAUAUCGGAGCCAAUAUAUGUAUAGACCAAAUGGACACGGACCAUGAGGUGGACGUCUUUCAUGCCGUAAAAAUGAUGCGGAUAAACCGGCCGCAGCUCAUUGACAUGAAGGACGAAUAUAAGUAUCUAUACGACCUGAUGCUGCAUUGGUACAUGACAAAUCCCGAGUAUCGAAUCUAUGACAAGGACGACUCAGGCGAAGAGGAUGGUGGUACCAAUACCAAACCGUCCUCAACACGGCAAUCGCUCCGAGAUAAGGAUCGGUAUUUGCGAGGCCAAAAUUCAGUCCGGAAAGAUCCUCGCAAACUUGCUGACAGCAACUAG